AUGGAAGAUUCCCAGCUACCGUUGGUCCGGUCGACAAGUGGUGCAUGCGACGCAUGGUCAAGGUUGGAAGACCACUUCGAGAAGAAGAGUCUUGCCAACAAGCUGUUCUUGCGCCGUCGCUUCUUCACGACAAUGAUGGAAGAAGGCGACGAUGUGCUCGAACACAUCAACAAGCUCAAGACGCUGGCGGAAACAGCUAGAAGCGGUGGGGGCUCCAGUCUGCGAGAGACCCCGAUCUGGUGA